AUGCAUCGCGCGCUGUCCUCGAGAUGGUUGCGAAGCGCACUGAGCAUUGGCGAUAGGGCAGCUCUGGCUGAGGUACCGGUCUAUCUCUGCCCAAGCCUAAGCACCGCGGGCACGAGACACACCUUUGCGCCGGUCGAAGCGCAACAGAAUCUUUCGUACAGACAGCGACGAUGCGUACAUGUUGAUACGACACCUGCGAUAGAGCCCACAUCCGAACAGACGCCUACAUUCUCGCUGAUAUCCACGAAUUCGAAGGAAAAUCUGGUCAAGAAGGUGCCCUUGCUAUGCAGCGGCUGUGGCGCCCUCAGUCAGGUUUCUGAGCCUGGACUGGCUGGGUACUACGACUUGAAUCGAAAGACGGUGCGAGAGUACUUUGCGCACGACAAGGAGGAGAAGAUUAAACAGAAUACUCAAGAAGAGGACAAUGCCGUUGAGGCGGCCCUGCAGAACCUUGGAGAAGAGAAGCUUGCUGAGCUAGGCUUGGAUCCUCGCGCAUUGCGCUACGGCGAGGAGCUGCAAUCGAACAAGCCUACGAAGGGACCAGCGCCCCAAAGAGCACCCCUCUGCGACCGAUGUCACAAACUCAUCCAUCAUAAUGCUGGCGAGCCAAUCUUCCACCCGACGGUGGACUCCCUGCGCGAGACGAUCGAGCAGUCACCCUUCAAGAGCAACUACAUUUACCACGUCAUCGACGCUGCCGACUUCCCCAUGUCCUUCAUUCCUAAGCUACACCUCCUCCUCGAGGCCAACCUCAAGCAUCGCAACCGUAGGAACAAUUCCGGACGGUACUACAAGAACCGCAAGUUCGAUAUGAACUUCGUUAUAACGCGCGCGGAUCUGUUGGCCCCCAAGAGGGAGCAAGUCGACGCGAUGAUGCCGUACUUGCGGGAAGUCCUGCGCCAAGCUCUUGGAAAGUUCGGAAAGCUCAUCACGCUCGGUAACGUCAGCUGCGUCAGCGCGCAAAGAGGCUGGUGGACCAAGGCUCUAAAGGAUAGGAUUUACGAACGCGGCGGGGCUGGGUGGAUGGUUGGCAAGGCUAAUGUUGGCAAGAGUCAGCUCUUCGAGGCUGUUUUCCCCAAGGGCACGACCGCGAGCAUAUCCUCGAAGCAUCCCUUUGAGGUAUCUAUGUUCUCGAAGGAGGAGGAUAGCGCGAAUGCUCACUAUCUGACGGACGACCUGGACGAAGCUGAGCGCCUGAGUGCGAACUCGUUGCUGCCGCCCAUCCGAGCCGAGACCAGUUUCCCCGAGAUGCCACUCGUAUCUUCUCUUCCGGGCACGACGGCGUCCCCUAUUCGUAUUCCCUUUGGCAAUGGAAAAGGAGAGCUCAUUGACCUGCCCGGUGUCGCCCGAUCUGACUUGGAAACCUACGUCAAGCCUGAGCACCGCCAGACACUCAUCAUGAAGCAUAGAAUCAAGCCCGAACAGCACACUCUGAAGCCAGGACAAUCACUUUUGCUCGGCGGCUUCAUUCGCAUCACGCCUACCACCCCCGACCUCAUAUUUCUUGCAUAUAAUUUCACUCCGAUCCCUGAGCACAAGACGUCCACCGAAAAGGCCAUCGAGUUCCAGAAACAGACGCGUGCGGCUUCAAACGUGUAUCAGCUUGCUGCUCCCGAUGUCGCCGACAAAAUCAAGCUAGCCGGAACCUUCCAACUUCGCUACGAUGUGACCAAACAGCGAGCUGGCCCCCUCACCCGAAAGAACGUUGGGAACCUGAAGGUUGAAGACCUUCCAUGGCGUGUCCUUGCCAUUGACAUUCUCAUCGAGGGCUGCGGUUGGGUCGAGAUUGUGGCCCAGGUGCGGACCAGGCACUUAUUUGAGGGUAUUUCGGCAUACCCUCCGGAAGCCGAACCAGAAAUUGAGGAAGAACCUACCGAUCCCUUCGCAAAACUGGAAAAGGCGGCGAAGGACCAGGCCGGCGUCGUUGAGAAGCCAAAGGCGCCUCCUAAGCCCAUGGAGCCCCACUGGCCUGUCGUGGAAGUUUACACUCCCGAGGGCAAGUUUGUCGGCUCUCGUUACCCUAUGAAUGCGUGGUUGAUAAACAAGUCACCCAAAAAGAACAUCAAAGCUCGUCCCCGCAAGAGCAUGAAGGGCGCGAAGAAGGCGGCCAAGUCGGCCAAGAGGGCUUCUGAGGACAGCGCGUAA